AUGAGUGCUUUGCAGAAGCAAUGGGCCAAAAGCCAUCUGCGAGAUCUACCAUCGUCUUUUGACGAAAACGAAGAGGACGAGGCUCCUGAGGAUACUCGUCAACCGAAUCAGUUGCGCAACGAUUCUUCUUCAUCGGCAUCUUCAACAGAAUCUCAAUAUGAACCAUUACCGUGGCAGAAUUUCUUCGAAGAAGAGCUUCUGCUCGAUAUAGGUAAUGGCACCCACGUUCAUGCCUAUUUCACACCACCAUCGACAGCUGAUGCGCCGUUGUUUUGUUUUCAUCAUGGAGCUGGCGCCUCAGGGCUUUCCUUCGCGCUUUUGGCUACUGCUUUGAGAACGAGCCUCCCCGAGGCUGGCUUUCUGUCCCCUGAUUGUCGCGGCCAUGGCCAGACAGUCACCACUCACCAGGAGCUUGACCUGUGCCUGGAGACGCUUGCUACUGAUCUCGCGUCUGUCAUCAUAGGCGUACAGCAGCGCUCGCUAUGGCCCAAGCUGCCUCCGAUCGUUCUUCUUGGGCAUUCGUUAGGAGGAGCAGUCGUCACCGAGCUUGCUUUCCGAAAGUUGUUAGGCAGUGCUGUCCUUGGCUACGGUGUCUUGGACGUUGUCGAGGGCUCAGCCAUCGACGCGUUACAAAGCAUGGAACAGUAUCUUUCUACACGACCAAGAUCUUUUCCAUCAGUCAUAAGUGCUAUUACGUGGCACGUUAGGUCUCGCACACUCAGGAACAGCAGUUCUGCUAGAGUAUCAGUUCCCCCACUUCUCAAGCAAGAAACCAACGGCAACGAGAAACUUACUUGGCGUACAGAUCUCUCGGCGACGAAGCCUUUUUGGGAGAAUUGGUUCACCGGAUUGUCCUCGAAGUUUCUGUCGGUUCCAGGUGCAGGCAAACUGCUCAUCCUAGCUGGAACGGAUCGGCUCGACAAAGAGCUUAUGAUUGGACAGAUGCAAGGGAAAUAUCAGUUGCAGGUCUUUCCAGAAGCUGGUCAUUUUGUGCACGAAGAUCAACCUGAAAAAACAGCCAUGGUAGUGGCAGAUUUCUUUAGGAGGAAUGAUCGAAGCACGCUGGUUCUGCCACCAAAGGUGGAUGACUUGAUCAAGCAGGGCAAGCUCAAGUCUGCGCAUGCCAGUAAAUGA